CGUCGAGCUGGUGUUUAAUUGGGCGCCUAAAUGUAAGUUGAGAAAGAGAAGAUGACUGAAAAGAGUGCGAAGACCCACAGAAAAGGCAGCACAGAUCCAACCCAGCUUUUUUCCCUCGAGGCAACAAGUGGUGUUGUUGACAGUUCUUUUCAAUCACAGGAUGUGUGUGAUUUCGUCAAAGCGAGUGUUGCUUCACCACCGUGUUCCCACUUGCCUUUAAAGAAGUGUCUCAUCAUUUGUGAAAAAGUAAAAGUAGCAGGACAAUCUUCUCUCACCAAAGUAGGCAUCAUCAUUCACACCAAGCUUGAACAAUCAAGUGUGAGUGAGGCUUCUGAAGCACAACAACAAAACACAGUCAUCAGUUCUCAACUGGAGAGCGAUAAUGAAAAGAACAACGGCGAGCACGGAAAGAAAGAACAAAUGAAAGAGGAAUGUUACCAGACACUGUCCCUAACAUGCACGGAUCAGCACCAGAUACUGACCUCUGAAGAGACAAGUGGAAGUGCUGUGGAAGAUCGGCAGACAACAAAGAACAGACUUCCGGGGGAUUCAGAGACUAAACAAGCAGCCCCAACUAUCGUGAGUGACAGCAAAAGAGAGCAAACUGAAACAUCUGCAGGAGAAACAGCCAAGAAGAAGAGAAGGAUGAGUAUGUGUGGUCUGACAGAGAAGGAACAAAGCCUUUUUUUACAGAUAAAAAAUGGACAUUGCGGACAAGAGCAAGCAGAAGGGCCAAAAUGUGUCAGUACAGCUGACACUGAACCUUCAUUCUUGCUUGCAUCCUCAACUCCUGCAAACAUCCCACAAACAAAGGGGGAAGAAGUACAUGCAUCCAGUGACAGGCCAGAAGCAGAAGUCCGCAUUUCAUGCAUUCCUAAUGGGAGUAAGACCUCGUGUAAGCCAAGUUGUUUGAAGGACAAAGAUCAGAAACAGGACUUAGUUCCUGGUCCUGAUUCAACAGAGGCCUCACAGUCAGAGCCACCAGAGGAAGAGAAACAACAUUUUGACCAUGCAAAGCCACAGGGAGCAGUGUGUGUAUCAUCAACUUAUCGGGAUGUGGAUGUUGCCAUAGCAACGUAUGACAAAACAAAUGAGACUUGUGCUGAUUCUAGCAAAACACAACUUCCAUCUGCUGACUCUCACCAAGUAUGUGUUGAAGUGUGUGAGGCUACACCCUCUGGUGCUUCAGGACAGAAUGACAUGUGUGAUUUUUAUCAUCAAGCUGCUGAUGUAAACAAAGGGAACACAGCAAACACCAACACACACCUGCUGGAAUGUGAAGACUACCAUUUUGUUUCUGACACACAACUCAACAACAUCUCAUUCGUACAGGAUGAGGCAGCAAAGGAGGACGAAGACGAAUGUUCAGAAGACGCAACACAACUCGUGUGUGGACUCAUUAAAGAACUUUCCUUUCUCAAUCGAACCGUCAUGGCCGCUCAUCGAGAGCUUGAGAACAUGCGGCGUUCCAGGAAGAACUCCAGGAAGCUACCCCGCUGAGAAGCUUAUAUUAUUAUUAUUAUUAUUAUUAUUAUAUUUAGGUUAUUUCUUUAUAACACUAACUGAA